AUGUGGUAUCACCGGGACCUGAGUCGAGCGGCGGCCGAGGAGCUGCUGGCCCGGGCCGGGAGAGACGGCAGCUUCCUGGUGCGGGACAGUGAGAGUGUCAACGGGGCUUAUGCUUUGUGUGUACUGUUUCAGAAGCAUGUCCACACGUACAGAAUCCUCCCAGAUGAUGAAGGAUUUCUGGCUGUACAGACAUCUCAGGGCGUACAGCCUAAGCGGUUUAAGACAUUACCAGAGCUGGUGUCAUUGUACCUGCAGCCCAGCCAGGGUCUGGUCACCACCUUGCUUUACCCUGUGGACAGAGAGGAAACAGCUGUCAGCGAUGACAGGGACUAUUCAGAUGGGGAGGAUGAGAAGCCACCCCUCCCCCCUCGUUCUGCCUCCACCUCCACUCCCCCUGGUCCAGACACACCCACAGAGAGUGCUCCAGCAGCAAAUGGCCUGAGCACCAUCUCCCAUGAGUACCUGAAGGGCAGCUAUGCUCUGGACCUUGAAGCAGUCAAGCAGGGAGCCUGCUCUCUGCCUCAUCUCAACAAAACACUAGUGGCCUCCUGCAAACGCCUCAAUGGGGAGGUGGACAAGGUUCUGUCUGGUCUGGAGAUUUUGUCAAAAGUCUUUGAUCAGCAGAGUGCGUUCAUGGUCUCCAAGAUGAUCCAACAGUCAGUGAAUCAAGGUGGAGACCAGGAGUUGGAGAACCUUGUGACCAAGCUGGCAAUUCUCAAAGACCUGCUGUCCUCCAUAGAGAAGAAGGCUCUGAAAGCUCUCCAGGACAUGAGUUUGUCCUCGCCGUGCCCCCUCCCUCCUCUCUCCAUGCGUCAUAGCAAAGCCAUCCCUGUGCAGGCUUUCGAGGUUAAGCUGGAUGUUUACCUGGCAGAGCUGACAAAGAUAGGAAAGAGUCAGAAAUACACUCUGUCAGUGGACGUGGAGGGAGGACGACUGGUAGUGAUGAAGAAAGUGAAGGACAGCCAGGAGGACUGGACCACCUUCACACACGACAAGAUCCGUCAGCUGAUCAAGUCUCAGCGGGUGCAGAAUAAACUGGGCAUUGUUUUUGAGAAGGAGAAGGACAAGAGCCAGAGGAAAGACUUCAUCUUCGCUAGUGCCAAGAAGCGGGAGGCGUUUUGCCAGCUGCUGCAGCUGAUGAAGAACAAACAUUCCAACCAAGACGAGCCGGACAUGAUUUCCAUCUUCAUAGGCACCUGGAAUAUGGGCUCUGUGCCUGCACCUAAAAACCAGGCCUCAUGGGUGUUGUGUCGUGGCCUUGGGAAGACUCUAGACGAGAUGACGGUCACCAUCCCUCAUGACCUGUACGUGUUUGGAAGUCAAGAAAACUCUGUGUGUGAGCGGGAGUGGGUGGAGUCACUGCGUGUCAUGUUGAAAGAACAGACAGAACUGGAUUAUAAACCGAUUGCAGUUCAAACCUUGUGGAACAUUAAAAUUGCUGUGUUGGUGAAAGCCGAACACGAGAAUCGGAUAAGCCACGUGGGAAUGUCCAGUGUCAAGACGGGCAUCGCCAACACGCUGGGUAACAAAGGAGCUGUGGGUGUGUCUUUUAUGUUUAACGGCACAUCUUUUGGCUUUGUGAACUGUCACUUGACAUCAGGGAAUGAGAAGAUUGCCAGGAGGAACCAGAACUACUUAGAUAUCCUACGCCUACUGUCACUAGGAGACAAACAGCUGAGCUCCUUUGACAUCUCGCUGCGAUUCACACACCUCUUCUGGCUGGGUGACCUCAACUAUAGGCUGGAUAUGGACAUACAGGAGAUUUUAAACUACAUUAACAGGAAGGAGUUUGAUCCCCUGCUGAAGGUGGACCAGCUCAACCUGGAGAGGGAGAAGAACAAAGUCUUUCUACGCUUUGCGGAGGAAGAGAUCUCAUUUCCACCCACCUACCGUUAUGAACGUGGCUCAAGGGACACAUAUGUCUGGCAGAAACAGAAAGCCACGGGGAUGAGGACGAAUGUUCCAUCGUGGUGUGACAGGAUCCUGUGGAAGUCAUAUCCAGAAACACACAUUGUUUGCAACUCCUAUGGCUGUACAGAUGAUAUUGUGACCAGUGAUCAUUCCCCAGUGUUUGGUACCUUUGAGGUUGGGGUGACUUCCCAGUUUGUCUCCAAGAAAGGUCUGCCGAAAUCUUCAGAGCAGGCCUACAUUGAGUUCGAGAGCAUUGAGGCCAUAGUGAAGACGGCGAGCAGAACCAAGUUCUUCAUCGAAUUCUACUCCACUUGUCUGGAAGAGUUUAAGAAGAGUUACGAGAACGACAGUCAGAGCAGCGACAACGUCAACUUCCUGCGUGUGGGCUGGUCCAACAAGCAGCUAACAACGCUCAAACCUCUUCUCUCUGAGAUCGAGUACCUGCAGGACCAACAUCUGCUGCUGACAGUGAAGUCACUGGAUGGAUACGAGUCCUACGGAGAGUGUGUGUUAGCGCUGAAGUCAAUGAUUGGCAGCACAGCACAGCAGUUCCACACCUACCUGUCCCACCGUGGCGAGGAAACAGGAAAUAUCAGGGGGUCCAUGAGGGUCAGAGUCCCCUCCGAAAGGAUGGGAACCAGGGAGAGACUCUAUGAGUGGAUCAGUGUGGACAAGGAUGAAACAGGCGGACCUAAAGGGAAAUCCACUUUGGUAUCCAGAGUGGGACAUGAAUACGUCAAGCCAUCUGUGGUUCGUAAACAGCUGGGAGAGCUGGGAAAGGUCAGUGAGGAGGGAGAAAGAAGCAGCAAGGAGGAAACUGCUGUGAGGCCUAAACAGGAAGCACCAGACGGUGAUCCAUCCAUCUGCAAGAACAGCUACAAUAAUCCCGCCUACUACAUCCUGGAGGGCGUUCCCAACCAGUCGGCAGCUGCUCUCUCGCCUGAGCUUCUCCCAUCUCCUACCUCUGCAAACCCCCAGGCAGCUAAAGCUCCUCUUCCCUCAGCUGGAGCUCGAACCAAACCCCCCUAUGGGGCCUCAGGGCCUGCUCACCCACGUAGACCCAUCACAGGGAACCCAGUCCGCGCUAUUAGUGAAGAGGGCUCUUCAGAGGAUGAUGGAGGCGCCUGUGUAGCAGGAGCACAGGGAGGUGUUGUUGGAAGCACACUGAAUCGACCCCCUCCUGACUUCCCCCCUCCUCCUCUUCCUAAGGGAGCCCUGGAGGUGGUUACUGAGGCCCCCUUCCCCAAACCUCGCCCCCUGUACCCAGACCUGGCCGAAGUCAGGAUCCCAGCAGCUAGUCCUGCUGCCCCACUGGCCCUUGGAGACGGCUUUAGACGAGCGGGAGGUGGAGGAGGACCGGGGGCAUUGGACGAUCAGUCGUGUUCUGUUCUCCAGAUGGCAAAGACACUGAGUGAGAGCGAGUUUCCCGGACAGCCUCCACGCGCUCCGUCUGCACCGCCACCUCUUAGAGGGCAGCCGAUGGGUUUGGGUCUGGACGCCUGCCGUACCUUCCCCCCCAGAAAUGCCAUCACAGAGAGUAUCGCAGAGGACAUGCCAGAGGAGGCACUUUGGGGCAGCAGUUAGCUCGUCCUUUGUCCGUUGGG